CAUAUCAGUUUAUCUUAUCGGCAAAUAAAUGCGCCAGCCAAGGCGUGACGAAGGGCCUUAAUUUAGGCGCGCAAUCGGAUCGCAUUUGCCUCGGCAAUCCCGCUCUUUUAAUACAAUCUUCCUGGCUUCUUUAAUUCUUGUUUGCUUUCUUUUGUCUUGUUUCUGUUACAGAGGGGACGUGUGCAGAAAGGUGAAAUUAGGAGAAUUAAAAAAAAAGGCAAAGAGACAUUUGGCAGAAUGUUCAGUCAACAAGUCGCUCGUGGCGGGCGCCGAAUCGCUCAAAUCGCUCGAAGUGGCCAACAGUCGCCGCUUGCUGCGAUUAAGGGGGUUGGUCAGCGACGAUGCUAUGCUGAAGCUGCUCAAGCUACGGCAGCUCCCAAGGGACGAAUCGGUCGAGGUCUCGGCCUGAUCGUAUAUGGCGUCGCAUUUGGCAGCAUCGGAGCAGCAGCAACAUGGUAUUCAAUGGUGCAACAGGGCUUCUCCCACUUCACAGACGCCGAGACAUCGACGCUAUUUGUGCCCGACACCGACGAGAUCCAGCGCAUCGAAGACACAAUCAACAACCACCCGCUGGUCAAGGAGCUGAGAUCACGGCCCGAGUUCAAGGAGUCACGGCCGCACCUGAAGAUGGCGAACGGCAUCCGCAACCAGAGCCUUACAGCCGGCGUCCUGCAGGGCAACGGCAAGAUGGUCGUGCCGCCGAUCGCAUUCAUCGAGGACGGCGGCAAGUCCAUCGUCAGCAUCUCCUACAUUGGAGACCAGGUAUGCGGCCACCCGGGCCUCGUCCACGGCGGAUUCCUGGCCACGAUGCUUGACGAAGGCAUGGCGAGAGGAUGCUUUGGCGCACUGCCACACAACAUUGCCGUGACGGCCAACCUGGAGGUCAACUAUCGCAAGCCUACGCCGGCAAAUAGCUUCCUGGUGCUCCGCGGAACGACGACCAAAGUUGAGGGGCGCAAGGCGUGGUCUGUAGGAAGCAUCGAGACGCUGCCGGAGCCGGGCGAGAAGCCGACAGUCUUGGUCGAGGCGAAGGGGCUGUUUAUCUCGCCCAAGUAUGCAGCUCUGAUGCCCUCAAUUGUAUGAGCAUUUAUAUGGACAGCGGGCUGCUGAGAGCAGUCGAGAGCAGUCGGGAUGACGAUGGUGGCUGGGAAUUAGAAAUGCGGGAUGUUUCUUAUUUAUUUUGAUUUUGCAUUGCUCUUUUAAUACUUAUCUGGGGGAAAGCGACAGGAGGCAUCGGAUAACACAAGAUCCAACAUACCUAUACACUGCAUGAUGGUAUACGUUGGACAUAUGAGAUAAUAGAUGGUACUUGCUUAGUGCCUAGAGCUCUAGAGUAGACGAAGGAUUGUCUUUUAUAGCGUUUAGAAUCAAGCCUUUGAA